UCGCCCAGAGCACCCGUGCGGGCACAUUGUUUGUGUUCUGCUGUCAGUGUGUCUUUAGUUUGCUUUAGUCAGAGAGAUGUUUCGUCAACUACAAUGGCAUGCAGCCGCCCCCCACCCAUAGUGAAGCAAAGAGGGGCUCGUGGAUCUGUGAAGGGUGAAGACAGCUGUGUUUUGGUCACGGUUUCCUGUGAUGCAAGUCUUAGCAGAGACAUGGAGAGGGCAUGACACUAGACUAGAAGAUGCUCUACUACACGUAGCACUGUGGUUACAGGGAAACCAUAAAUACAGGAGAGGAUGAGGUUCUGUCACAACCUGCCAUUCGCCGAAACAAGAGCUGAACAACACAAACGUUAUUUGGUCGCUGGUCGGUUAAAAUGGAAACCGAAUCUACAACCUUUUUCACCACCGAGAUGGACUCUGACACGGGCUCCGGUUACCCUGACGACUACGACUUCGGCACGAUGAUUUGCAGCAAGGGCUGGGUGCGGGACUUCAGUCGCGGCUACGAGCCCACUCUGUUCCUGCUCAUCUUCAUCCUGGGCACGGUGGGGAACCUGCUCGUGGUGCUCCUCUACACGGGGAUCCGCAACCGUCUGAAGACCAUGACGGACGUGUACCUGCUGAACCUGGCCGUGGCCGACCUGCUGUUCCUCGCCACGCUGCCCUUCUGGGCGGUAAACGCGCUGCAAGGCUGGGCGUUCGGGAGACACGCCACCGGGCUGUGCAAGGCCGUGGUGGUCGUGUACAAGCUCAACUUCUUCAGCAGCAUGCUGCUGCUCGCCUGCAUCAGCGUGGACCGCUACGUGGCCAUCGUGCAGGUGACCCGGGCCCACAACCUGCGGCGGGAGCGGAGGAUGCUGUACAGCAGGGUGGCCUGCCUGGGCGUGUGGCUGCUGUCCUGCCUGCUGGCCGUCCCCGAGGUGCUGUUCGCCAAGGUGAGGAACACCCCGGGGGGGGUGACGGUCUGUGACCUGCUGCCCGGGACCGAGACCCAGACCAAGGUGCUGGUCCUGUCCCUGCAGAUCUGCGUGGGCUUCCUGCUGCCCCUGGUGGUCAUGACCGCCUGCUACUCCCUCAUCCUGCGGGCGCUGCUGCAGUCGCGCAGCUUCCACAAGCACAAGGCGCUGCGCGUCAUCCUGGCGGUGGUGGCGGUGUUUGUCCUCUCCCAGCUGCCGUACAACGGCCACCUGGUCGUGCGGGCGACGCAGUUCGGCAACGGCAGCAUCAAGGACUGCGGCGUGGCGACGCGCAUGGACGUGUUCGGCCAGGUGGCCAAGGGCCUGGCUUACAUGCACGCCUGCGUCAACCCCUUCCUCUACGUGUUUGUGGGCGUGCGCUUCCGCAGGGACCUGCUCGGGGUGCUGAAGUCGUGCGCGGGGCGACUGGGCCCAGGGCAUGGGAAGAUGACAUCGGUUGCCAAGCGACCGUCUGUGAUGUCCGACACGGAGACCACCGCCGCUCUCUCCUUGUAG